AUGCAGAGGGGAAUGCCAGGUAGGACGCACCAUUGGAAUGGUGGCCAAGACACUUGGACCACCCAAUGCGUCUGGCUAUGGGUCCCUGUUGGAGGAGCGAGCUGGGGCUGGAUGCUAGGAAAUUGGGAGGAGGAAGAGAAGAGGGAGGGCGAUGCAAUUGCUGGAGCCGAGCGAGACGCAGCCAAAGCAACUGGAGGUGAGGCAAACAGGACCACAAUACUGCGAUCUAGCGGGAGCAAGGAAUGCAAGCGAAUGAUACCAUACAAACUUGGAGAAGAAUACACUGCGACGCGUGCGAUGACCCGCCAAGUUGUAGCGCUGGACGGAGUACCAAGCCAUGCCACACGGAGCGGCUACUGGGCACCAGGAGAGACAUCAAGACUACCCAACGUUCAUUCGCGCUGGUGCAGUACUUCCAAGGCGCGUGGUCGUGAAGCUUGA